AUGAAUGAAUUAAGUCAAUCUCUUUGUUUGUAUUACCAAAAAUUUUUUCCAAGUAAACUAUUCUAUCAAUGGAUUACUAGAGAUGGAAAGUAUAGCCAAACAAGAGAACUUGCUGCCUUUAAAACUGAUUCAUUUUUUAAUAGAUAUUUACACUUUAAUUCUUCAUAUGAAUUAUCAAAUUACUUAAUUCGUUAUGUUCCUGAAAGAAUUGAAAUUGGACCAAUAUUUGAUCAUUUAUUAUUUAAUAAGAUUAACACAGCAAAGAUGAGAGAGUUUGUAAUUGACAUUGAUAUAGAUGAUUAUGAUGACGUUCGGUAUUGCUGUUCAUCAACUCAAGUAUGUGAAAAGUGCUGGGUAUUAAUGUCAUGUGCUGCAAAAGUCAUUCACCAUAUUUUUAAAGAACAAUUUGGAAUGAAACAUAUUCUUAAUGUUUUUAGUGGAAGAAGAGGAAUACAUUUCUGGAUUUGUGAUGAACAAGCACUAAACUUCAAUGAACAAAUGAGAACAUAUAUUACAAAAUAUUUUAAUCUAUUUACUAAUCAAUGCACUAAUAAAGAUAAUCAUCCAAUAAUUGAUAUUCAUGAAGAAUAUCCUUUAUACGACGAAGUUUAUCAAAUAUUAGAACCAUAUUUUGAAGAUUAUUGUGAAAAACAAGAAAUCUUCAAAACUGAACAAAGAAAAGAACAACUAUUGAAGUUAUUACCUCAAAAUGAAAUUAGCCAAGUUACUGGAAAAUUAGACAAUCUCAGUUGGAUUAUAUUAAAAGAACAUUUCAAAAAUAACAAAUUGAUAUUAAUAAGUAUUGUUUUUACAUAUCUUUAUCCUCGUAUUGAUAUCAAUGUUUCAGUUCAAUUAAAUCAUCUCCUCAAAGCCCCAUUCUGUAUUCAUCCAUCAACAAAUAAAGUGUGUGUCCCAAUUAACUUUAAUACGAUUGAUUCUUUUGAUCCAAAUAAAGUACCAACUCUUCAAUCUCUUCAAGAAUCAAAAUUAUCAUCUUUUUAUUCCUUUAAUGAUUCAAUAGAGUUAUUUUCAAGAUUUGUAAAAGAAUCAACUCAAUAA